AUGGCGGCGGAGAUGUUGAUUGUCCAAAACUGCCUGAUUCGCACGAUCAAUUCGGUGUACAACCAGUGCAUUAAUGUCGCGACACGAGGAACUGACUCGGACAAGGUUGACUUCGCCAAUUACGCAUUCCAGUGGACAGAGUGGGUUCACGAGCAUCAUACAAGUGAGGAUAGCACGCUCUUCCCGUCAAUGGGCGAGAUCGCUGGGGUGCCAGGCUUGAUGGACGUCAAUACCAACGAGCACGCUGGGUUUCAUGAUAGGAUCACGCAAUACGCAGAAUACUUGAAAACGGUGAUACGGGGCAAGGAGAAGCUCCAUGGAGAAAAAGCGAAGAACCUUAUCGAUUCAUUUAUGCCAGAGCUUCACGGUCACCUUGGGAACGAGAUAGACACACUGGUCAAUUUGGAAAAUUACGAUAAGGUAGACUAG